UUCGAACCUUUGCAAGUGUUGCAUGUACAUACCGCAAUUAUUUUACAAAUUUCAGUAAAAUUUAAAACAAAACAAAAUAAAAUAGAAAAUCUAUGAGAUGGGAAAGAUAAAUAAAUAUAAGCCACGGGAAGAGAAAAAGAAGGUUCCCGAACCCAACCCUCCACUACCACAAGCGAGCGCACAGUUGGGACAAGGCCCAUCCAUAAACUCUGGGGAUGUUGGACCUUCAAGCAGCCAGCAGCAGCAGCAUAGAUCUCAGGAAGAUCAAAGAUGGGGCGAUCAGCAGGGGGGUGGCCAGCAGCCACGUGGACAGGUCCAGGAAAAGAGGAGAGCACCUCAGCAGCAAAAGCAAAGUCCAAAAGGACAACAUGGCAGUUUCUACCAAGAUGCCCCAAAAAGCGGGGGCGAACAGCACGGAGGACAAAAAGGAUGUCACCAACAACGUCCACAGGGCCUGCAAGGACAAGGUAAGGGUUUACCAGCUGACAGCAUCAAACGUGGAACAAUAGGCAAACCCGGCAAGGUGGCCGUUAACUAUCUGGAGAUCGACAUGAAGGAAAUGCCGGAAAAGGCCUUUCACUACGACGUGAAGAUUCAACCGGAGCGGCCCAAAAAGUUCUACAGACAGGCGUUUGAGCAGUUCCGCCUCAAUCAAUUGGGCGGAAAAAAUGUCUCCUUUGAUGGCAAAGCCUCCUGCUAUUCGGCGGAUAAGUUGCCAACUAAUUCCCAGAAUCCGGAAGUAACUGUGACAGAUAACCAUGGCCGCUGCCUGCGCUAUACUGUGGAGAUCAUGGAGACAGCUGAUCCGGUUAUCAACUUAAGUUCCCUAAACAGCUAUAUGUCAAAGAGCAUCUCGGACAAGCCCAUGCGGGAAAUGCAAUGCCUGGAGGUUGUGCUGGCGUCUCCGUGUCACAGCAAGGCCAUACGGGCUGGUCGCUCCUUCUACCCAAACUCUCGAGUGGAGGAUCGCAUGGAGCUGGGUGGUGGAUACGAAGCCUUGGUGGGCCACUUUCAGGCCAUUGUACUGGGUGAUCGACCAUACCUAAAUGUCGACAUAUCACACAAAUCCUUCCCUAUGGCCACGUCGGUGCUAAAGUGGUUUCAAAACAAUGUCCUGAAAGAGGGAAUCAUCGAGCAGAAGUCGCGCCCCUUCAUCGAGUCGUUUCUAAAGGGCCUCAAUGUGGUGUAUAAUCCUCCAAAAUCUUUUGCAACCUCGUCGCGUUGCUACAAAGUAAAUGGACUUUCGAAAUUUCCGGCCAACAGUGAGAAAUUCCUGCUGGAUGACAGGGAGAUCACCGUGGCAGACUAUUUCAAGGAUCGCAACUAUAAGCUGAAGUUUCCGCAGCUUCAUUGCCUGCACGUUGGCCCUCCCGCCAAGAAUAUCAUGCUGCCCAUCGAGCUCUGUGACAUCGAGGGAGGUCAGGUAUUGAAGCGCAAGGAUGGAGCCGCUCAGGUGGCCAAGAUGAUUCGAUUUGCCGCCACACCUACCGAGGAGCGAAAGGCAAAGAUUAUGAAACUGCUAGAGUUCUUCCAGCACAACCUGGACCCGACCAUCAGCCGUUUUGGCAUCCGCAUCGCCAACGAUUUUAUUGUUGUAAACACCCGAACCCUCACACCGCCCCAGGUGGAGUACCAUAACAGCAUGUAUUGCCUGGUUAAAAACGGAUCGUGGCGCAUGGACAAUAAGCAGUUUCUUGAGACCCAGCCAAAGGCGCACAAGUGGGCGAUUGUGUACUUUCAAGGUCCCAAGAUGACAUACCAUCAGGUGGCCGACUUUGAACAGAAAGUGCUUGUCCAAAGCCAGAAUGUGAACGUGAACUUGGAUAAAAAGGCUGAGAUACGCCCCUUUAAGGAUGAAACGAGUCUAGACAAGUGCUUCGUAAAUCUUCAAAACCAUUGCGAUCUGGCCUUUGUGAUCAUGCCGCCGUUUGGAGUUACUUACGGUGCGAUUAAGCAAAAAGCCGAACUGCAGCACGGCAUUUUGACGCAGUGCAUCAAACAGGAUACUGUGAUUUGCAAACUUAACAAUAGCCAAACAAUAUCCAACAUCCUGCUAAAGGUGAACUUUAAGCUAAACGGCAUUAAUCACAAGCUUAAAGACGUUUCUGGCGUGCCAAUGCUCGAUAAUGUUAUGUUCCUGGGCGCUGAUGUUACUCACCCGUCUCCAGAUCAACGUAAUAUACCCAGUAUAGUGGGCGUGGUUGCCUCUCAUGAUCCCUAUGGUAUUUCCUAUAAUAGCAGUCAUCGAAUGCAGCGCUCCACUUUGGAGGUAAUCGAGGAUAUGGAGUCAAUAACGGUGGAACAUUUGCGUGUAUACCGGGAGUAUCGCAACUCAUAUCCCGAUCACAUUAUCUACUAUAGGGAUGGAGUGGACGAUGGCCAGUUGGAGAAAAUCAAAUGCGAAGAGCUCGGAGGAAUAAAUAAGGCAUGUCAAAAGAUCGGCAUUGAACCGAAGAUUUGCUGCAUAAUAGUGGUGAAGCGUCACCAUACUCGCUUCUUUCCGAAGCCGAAGCCGACGCAGUCCAAUAAUUCCAGAAAAGACUAUAACAACGUGGAGCCCGGAACAGUGGUCGAUAGCUCCAUCGUCCAUCCGAAAGAAGUGCAGUUCUUUAUGGUGAGCCACCAGUCCACGAGCACGGCUAGGCCGACGCGUUACACCGUAAUUGAGAAUACCGGCAAACUGGAUAUUAAUUUGAUCCAGCAGUUGACCUACAACCUCUGCCAUAUGUUUCCACGCUGCAAUCGCUCGGUUUCGUAUCCGACCCCGGCUUAUUUGGCUCAUCAUGCGGCGAAACGGGCUCGUGCUUAUCUCCCUAGCACUCAUUCGUCCCGGGACCCAAAGGAGGUGUAUAACAAGUGGCAGACUGUUCCAAAAUUUAAGAAAAUAUACCCAAUGCACUUUAUUUAACUCAUUUUUGUAAUGUAAACUCAACUCAACUCAUAAAAAAAUAAAUAAUAAACAAAUAAGGCGAUCGAAACGCCCUAGACAAAAAUUGUGUGGUUAAGUUAUUAAUUCGUUAAGCCGCUAAACAUGU